AUGUUCCUACAGUGUACAAAUCCUCUUUUUGCUUUCUUCCCUCAAUUCUGUUUCAUCUUCCUUAAACAAUACAGAAACAUAUUCUCAAUUUACUGUCUCCUCCUUAAUUUACAUAAAUACACACAUUUAGACAUCCCCACAUUCAUUCCUGUUUCCUUUCUCUCUCUUUCUUCUUCAAAUGUUUCCCUACCUUUUAAAAGCUUAUCUUUUUUCUCUCUCUCUCUCUCUCUUCUGGAUUUAUGUAUUGUGCUAAUGCUUUUGCUUCUUUGUCUAUUUCCACAAGUACAUUUCUUCUUUCUCUUCUUCUUUCUCUUCUUCUUUUACUCUAUAUAUCUUUCUUUUACUCUAAAUCUCUCUCUUGCUUUUACACUCUGUCUCUAUCUCUCUCUUACUCUAUAUCUCUAUCUUACUCUUACUCUAUGUCUCUUACUCUUACUUUAUAUCUAUAUUUCUUUCAUGCUACGUUUUUCUCACACUAUAUCUCUUUAUCUUUCUUUCGCUCUAUAUCUCUUUCUCUCAUGCUAUAUAUCUGUCUUUUUCUUGUAUAUAUUUAGUUUUUCUUUUCCUUCCCUUUCUUUCUCUCCCUUCCCUCUAUUUUUUCCCCAUCUCCCUUCCCUCUAUUUUUUCCCCAUCUCCCUUCCCUCUAUUUUUUCCCCAUCUCCCUUCCCUCUAUUUUUUCCUUCUCUCCCUUCCCUCUAUUUUUUCCCCUCUCUCCUCUCCCUUCCCUCUAUUUUUUCCUUCUCUCCCUUCCCUCUAUUUUUUCCUUCUCUCUUACUCUUUUUCUUCUCCUACACUCAUAAUGAUAUAUACUUACUUUUUACUCUUUCUUUCACCUUAUCUUUUUCUUUUACACACCCAUACAUAGAUUUAGUCUCUAAGUGA